UUGUCUUUGAUUUUUGGUUUUUGUCUUGUUUACAAAAAUCAAAACUUGUUUUAUAAUUUGAUACAAUUUUAAGUCUUAAGUUAGUUAAGAUUAAAUCCUAACUAUGGCAGAGAAUUUAGAAUAUUACCGGACACAAAUAGUUGCAGCUAGAACCGAGAUAAAAAACUUGAGGCAACGGCUGAGUGCGCUGAAACACGAACAUAUUACAGAAAUCAAGAAUAUCAAAGAAACUCUAAGUGGGUUUCGAUGCACUAAAUGUGCUGCAACAGCUACAACAAUAGUCAACAAUCACAGUGAAGGACAACCAUCAACAUCAGACUGCACCGAUAUCAUCUCAUUCACUCCUAUUGGCUAUAUUGAAACACCGUUUGAAAAUAAGCGUGGUGUACCAAGACAGCCAUCAGUAUUGUCCAGUGCAAAAGGUGUGAUUAACAUUGAUACAAAAGUUUUUACCAAUCCAGAGCAUGCUAUCAGUGGUUUGGAGGAAUUUUCUCAUAUAUGGAUAAUAUUCCAUUUCCAUGAGACAGGCAGUACAAACAUCCCAGCUAAGGUUGCUCCGCCCCGUCUUGGCGGCGAGAGGCGUGGAGUGCUGUCGACGAGGUCUCCGCAUCGGCCUUGUCCUAUCGGCUUAUCUCUUGUCAAAAUAUCUAAUAUUGAAGGUAACAAAAUACACUUUGAAGGUAUUGAUAUGGUGAAUGGGACUCCAGUGCUUGAUAUCAAACCAUACAUACCUCAGUACGAUUCUCCCACUCAUCAGAUACAACCCAACACUCCAAUAACAGAGCGACCAGCGACAGAGGGUGUUAGUGAUGCAGUUGAUAAUAUAACUACAAUACAAGCUGUUGAAGAUAACUUUGAUCAUAUGAGUUUAAAUUCACGUCUAACUAAUCCACUCGGUAUAGAUGCAGAAAGUACUGAACAUUCUCCUUACGAUGAUGAAUUGUCUCAGGACAGCAAUCUAAUAGCAACAAUGUCGCCAUCCCCGGAUUCACAAUCAAGUGAUAUGUUAGACGGAAACUUCCAGAGAUCACCGCUGAGAAGACCAGAUGAAAGAGGUGCUCCGGACGGUCAAGAAAGAUUUACACCACCUCAAUAUGGUGUAAGGGUUGCUUCUUGGAUUUCUAACCCGACAUCACAGACAUAUGAAGUCAAGUUCACUGAUGAUGCACUGGAUAGACUUAAUGAAUUGAUUGGCGAUCGAGCACGGUCUUUUAAGAGGAAUAUUGAAUGCCUUCUGUCAGAAGACCCGAGGUCUCUCUAUGUAAGGAGUAGGUAUCCUGAUCAUGAAUAUAGUUGUGUAUUAGAAGAUUUAUCUAUUAGUUGUAUAUUUGAUUCAUCAUCAACUACAUGUACUAUAAUAGCAGUGAGAAGUGCUGAUGAAUUGCAACAGACUUAAUUGUUUGUUUGUAUGUUUGUGUGCGUUUUAUUAUUUAUUGACUUGA